UAAGCUUGGAAGGUUAAAAAGGCCGGUCAAACUCCUCGUGGUGAAUCGGAGAAGUGCAAGGAAAGAGAAAUGAGUGUAUACGGAGGCGAUAGCUGGGGAAGAGAGGCCAAUUACCGGAAACGAAGAGUCGACGAUCUCCUCGUUGAUCAAAUUCAUAAAAACAGCAGCAGCACUAAUAAUAACAAUAAUACAAACGGCUCUUCUUCUUCUUCAUCAUCUUACAAGAAGCUGCCUAAUGGAAAAUACGCAUGUCUUGUUUGCCCACACAACCCAGUUGUCGAUACUCCUCUCAUGCUUUCCAUUCAUAUGAAAGGAUCACGCCAUUGUGCUGCUGAAUCAAGGCUCAAGGAAAAGGAGUUGUACAGACAAGCUCAAUUAAACAAGAGAAUAGCCUUGUCUGGAAAUACGGCUUCUGCUGACACCACUGAUGUACCUAGACAACAGUAUGGGCUAACGAGCAAGCCGCUAACUCAACGUACUAUGAAGGCUGUUUCUGAAGCACUUCGUACUAAUUCUGCUCAGCAAUUUGCAAUCCCCAGAAUCGACACUGUCAAAGAUAUAGGAAAUCCUGUUAUGAAAGGAUCAUCUUCCAUAUAUGAUAAUGCUAUUGGUCAAGUAGUAGCUGAUAAGCGACUUCCGCAGCAGCAACUGGAUUAUAAGGAACGCAAGGAGAAAGAGCUGAAGUUCACAGCAGCUGGUUGGAAGCGUGAUGGCUUUGGAGGGUGGUAUAAGGAUGAAAGUGUUGAGUUUGAUUCUGAUGAAGAGGACCCCAAUGUUUCUCUUGCAUAAGAAAUGAAAUGUCUAAUUUCAAAUUUAGGGACGCCGCUUGCAUAAGCUAUGGAAUAGCAGAGUUGGCUGAUACCCCCCCACCCAAAACAAAGCUACGAAGUUUCCAAGCAAUGGAACAUAAAAAGUAAUCUCAUAUCUAACAUCCAUGAAGCUAAGUAGUAGUUGUAUGAUUAUACUUUUCAAUUAGUGGCAAUAAAUUAACUCUCAAUUGGCUCCCUGUCCAGAUUUCAUGAUGCAAUUGGGUGCUGGUAAUUGUUACUGUAAUACUGGUUUGCACCUCAAAACAGUACUUAUAAAUUGUGUAUAGUUGUAGGGUCUUUCUAGUGUGUGCCUAUGGGCACACACUAACAACUACUUUUUGUUGAGGUGGAGAGUUUUUACUGAUCAUGAUUUUUGUGCAUAUGCAGGAGGCCAUGAUUAUUAAUGAGUUUUAGCCAAUAAAAAUCAUCCACCUGGGCACACACUAGAAAAUCCGAUAGUUGUAUUGGGCUUUAAAUAGUACUAGUAACAAAGCAUUAUUUGUCAA